GCUGUCGCUAGGCAACUGCCCCUCCUUCCCAGCAUCAGCACCACAACGCUGCCUGCCGCAUCUUCAGGCUCCUGCACGUCCGUUGCGUGCCUUGUCAUCACGCUGGGCAGGUUUCGGUUUGCAAACACGAUACAUCUCGUUCCCAGAGCUGUGGCGAGGAGCACAGGAGGACAGGGCUGCAGAGGGAGGGGCGAGAUACAAGAAGAAGAAUUAGAAAACACACUUGGGUGGAUUUAAAGAUGGUAUCCCGGACAUAGGUAGGCUAUGUUGUUAUGUGACGUCUGGUGGUGGGAGGCAGUGAGGUAAACGUCCGGGAGACACACUCACAAACACACGGGCUUAACGGGAUGCCCGCGUGACUGCAGGGAGGGAAGAGGCGGUGGAGGAGGAGAGGGGGGGUCUAGGUGCUUGUGUGUACCACCGCAAAAACCCCGAGGUGGAGUUGUUAAAGAUAGAAAGCUGUGAGGAAAGAACAAUUCCUGCCUUGGCUGCUAUUUUUGGUGCAGUUUGAAAAUCGAUGGAGGAUAUUUAUUUCCUGUUCACGUCGAGAUAAUUAGUCUCGCUUUCCCCGAACGAACCGAUGUGAUCGUGGGGCUUUUAUCUCCACGCCGUCUUCUUCUUUUUGCCGUGACAGGAUGAGGACCAAACACAGGGUCGCACAUGUUCGGAUGUUGCUCCUCCCGGUGAUCGGACACACGGACUCACCGGCUCCUGUCAUCUCUGAAUGCUGGGGGAGAAACGAGUGAUCAGCUGCUCUCUUUGGGACACUUUAAAAUCUGCGGCCUGCUGCUUGGGUAUCCAGUUACCGCAAUGCCACUGACGAGAGGUGGAAGAGGUGGAAGGCAGAAUAUGGAUAAUAGGGAGCAUCAACAAUCAUAAAACAAUUAUGUUUAAGUUGCCAAAAAACUAGCUUCAUUCAUGUGAUUGUGUUUUGAUCAUAGAAUGAUAUGAGUGGACUAUUUAGGCUAUAGUGGCCUUUGAUCUGUAUGGGCUAAACGAGACAUUGUAUUGACUGAGGCUUAUCAUGGCUGAACAUGAGGUUAGUGUGGUGGCUGUGAGUGUGUAGUGGCUGCUCAAUUCUCAACUUUCUGCUGACAAAGUUCUUGGACUCACUCACUGGACUAUAGCGUGCACCAUGGGGCAUUGCGCAGAACCUAUGGUACCUGCCAGUAGAGAGCUUGGUGCAUAAUUGUGACGAAGUGGAGCUCUGAAGCCAGGAUUUAUGUCUCUCCCUCUUCUACUCGCCUGCACUUCUUCCCACACAGCUGAAUUUGGAUUUCUAAACUCAGAGUAAACCUCUCCCAGCCUCCUCCUCCACAACACACACACACACACACACACACACACACACACACACACACACACACACACACACACACACACACACACACACACACACACACACAUCGAAGAGCCUGACAUGCCUUCACCGUCGGACUCCAGCAGCGUGGCUUCGGCCUCGGGGUCUCGAGGUUGGUCAGACAGCCGCAGGGGCAUGUCGGGCCGGGGGCCUGGGGGGGCCCGGCUGCUCCUCUACCUGGGGCUGUGCCACCUGGGCCUCGGGGCCAUGGUCCUGGCCUUCUCCUUCACCAGCAUGGCCUUCACCUCCUCAGCCCGUGUGAGGCAGUCUUGUCCAUUUUGGGCUGGCUUCUUUGUGGUGGCAUCAGGAAUAGUUGGAAUAAUCUCAUGGAGGAGACCUCUGACGCUGGUGGUGUCACUGUUCAUGCUGCUGUCUGCAGUGUGUGUGAUCCUCAGUCUGGCCGGCUCCAUGCUCUCCUGUCAGAACGCACAGAUGGUCAAGUCCAUGCUCACCUGCCAGGUGGAGAAUGGUCUGUGUGUGUGUUGCGCGCCCACUCAGUCCUGCUCCAUCACAGAGGAGGAGACCCUGGUCCUCUACCUGAACGCUGACUGUCACUCAGUCAGACAUCAGCUAAAGGACCUUUUGUUCAGUGCAUGCGGUCUCAGCAUUCUCUCCACCAUCAUCUGCACUCUGUCCACUGUGACCUGCAGUAUCCACAUAUUCUCUCUGGAUCUCGUGCACCUGCUGGCCCCACAUCGCUCCCGUUCAGUCAACCCAGAAUGCACCACUCCUCAGGACGCCUUCCUGACCAACAUCAUGGACUUUGAGGAGUUUGUCCCACCCAUCCCUCCUCCCCCCUACUAUCCUCCGGAGUACACCUGCAGCUCUGAAACAGACGCUCAGAGCAUCACGUAUAAUGGCUCCAGGGAGAGCCCCGCUCUUCUCUACCCCACGGACUGCCCCCCUCCUUAUGAACUUGUGAUGGGACAAAGAGCUGCAAGCCAGGUAACAGUGUUUGACCCCCAGGGCACUGAGCUGUCUGGAGAGAGAGGAACUUCUACUGCCUUCAGUGGAGAAGUGUCCAUGGAUAGUGGAUCUCUGUUGAUGUCAGAGAUUGUGGACAUCCCUGAUGACUCCUCGCCCUCUGAGGACUCCUGUCUGAUGGAGGUUGGGCUGCGGACCCGUGGGGAGAGGGGCCACAGGAACGUGAGUGAGGGGGGAGACGUAGGAGACAGCGGGGAGUACAUCAGCUUCCGCGGUCCCCCGUCUCAGACGCCAGAGAGUCCUUUGGCAGGAGGACAGAGAGCCAGACUUUGCACCAGAGGAGAGAGGUCUAACUCCUGCUCUUCCCCCAGCACAGCAACCCCCACAUACAGGUCUCCAUUAUUGCGUCACCAGGCAGUGAUAGCUAGAAGCUGUUCCCAGCUUGAGGCCAUCGGGAAAGCCAGCUCUCCACAGCGAUCCUCCAUCCCAGAGUUUCGAGGUCGGCCCUCCACUCCCUUAAGCCAAGGAGCUACCCCAACCUCCUCUGCUCCCCCCAUUUCAUCCUCAGCCACAUGUGAGCAGAGUGCUGGUGAUGGGCCACCGCUCACAGGUCCAUUGUACCUUCGACGAAAGGCCGGGAAGAAUGAGAAGAGUGGGGAGCGGGUAAGAAGGGAUAGUGAAGGGCUCCUUCGUCUGGUGAGGUCACACAGUGAACCGGGCCUCAGCUCCUCCACUGACACAGUUGAAUUUGGCUCUGGAGGCAGCAAAGUAUCUAUAGACACAGGUCCACCCUCUGAGGCAUGCCUUCUGCCCCGCACCUCUUUGACUCCUGCUGAAGCUCUGCCAAGGAAAGGCAGCAUGACAUCUGCAGCCACAGGGGGGCCGAUCCCCGCCAAACCUCCCCCCACCUCACCACUGCGUUUACCUAAAGACUGCCACCGUUCCCUAGGAGACCUCAAGGUGACUCGGGGUCUGGUGGCUCGCUUCCUGCAGCGCUCCAAACGCAACAUAUCGCCCUCCUCCGAGCAUGCUGGGAGCACAGGGCAGUGGCCUAAGAGACGGAGUGGAGUUGAGGGCGCUGCCAACAACCACCUGCAACUGGAACAAGUGUUGCUGACCCCUUGGAGCACCAGAGGAGGACACCCCAAUCAUCACUCACAUCACCCUCAUCGCCGUGGACACCACCAUUCCCAUAGUGACAGUCGACACAACCGGCAUCACGGCAGUCGGGCGCCAGAGGGAAUCCACCUGCGCAGCUGUGGAGAUUUAAGCUCCUCGUCACUAUGUCGACUCGUGACACCUCAUCCACCGCAUGGGUCAUCGGGAGCCCUCUACUCAGAGUCUGCACUGUGAGCAGGGGGAAGGAGGGAUGGAGGAGGAACAUAGGACAGAUAUGAGUUGAUAGGGUUGUUAGGAAGUUGGGAGGCAGGCUGAUGAAAAGUCUGAGGCAGUUAAGUGGAAAUAUCUAGCUCUGGAAAUGAGUGUUUACUUCUUUUCCUCUUUGUCAACUCAGUUUGCUGAAGCCAACUGUCAAAAUGGCCUUAUUCAGUGGUGCUCUUUAUCACUCUGAACAUCAGCCCAAAGCUCACACUAUUUCACUUUUCAACAUCAGUGAAAGAGUCACUAGAUGCUGGGCAGUGGGUCCCUAUUCGAUCAGAAUAAAUCACACAGAGACAACAAGCAUAUUUUCUGCUGUAUUCUCCACUUCCCCUCUCUGAAUACUGAUCUGCAGACAUAUUUUUCCUCAAGACUGGAUACAGAACUCGACUAGCAUUCAUGCUACAACAACCACUCACAUGUACAUUCGGCGAACAUUAUUAUGGGUUGCUAUAUCCUUCUGGCCCUUUUGUACAUUGCUAAUCAUCCACCAGGUGAAGUGAUCAUGGAAACACAUAUUUGUUGUCUUCCAUUGAUAAAAAAAGGAUCUCAAUAGACAUAUACUUAGCUGAGUAUAAUGUAAGAUAAACAGACAAUGUUGCACAUGAGGACACAGGAGCUCACAUGGAAACAUCUUAGCUGAGUUGCUGAUUUUGUCUUUUUAUUUUUGCAAUUCACACUCUCCACAUUUUUCCACUUUCACACUGGCCUUCAAAAAGGCAGCCAGCAUUUGUAACAUUGACAUUAAUGCACGCCACAGACACAUGCUAAGCGUUUGAAAUGUAUUCUCUGUUGGUGGCCCUUGGACACGGUGGUAUGAUUUGCAUAUGUGCAUGUUUUGCUACAGUCCCCGAAAUACAGCAGGAACCUUGUGCAUUCAACCCUGACCGUCUGUGUAACUAUGUAACACGUCCUCAGAAUGUCUUUAACUGCAUGUUUGACGAUGCUUAUAUCUUUUUUUUCCUCUUGCACCCAAGACUAUGAUAGUAUUCAUUUGAGAUGUGUUUGUGUUAUAGAUAGCUGAAGGGGAAGGUCAGAGUCAAAGAUGCGCAGUGCUCCCAAAGUUUUCUGUCAGAUGGCUCAAAAAAUGUCUCUGCAACCUAAUUUGAUGUUGAUAAGGUUUGAAAAUGAUUCAAGAGCACAGGCGUCUCUGUGACACUGGCUAAAGUAGGUGGAUCCUGGAAGAUAAAAGGAGUACAUUGCACUGUCACUCUGAUGACAUGACGAGUCUCUUGCAAUAAAUGUACAGACUAAUUUGUUUUAGGGUCGGGCUUUGCACUAUGUGUUGGUACGGUUUCGCUUUGUGGAUAGGUGGUAAAUGAACAAAAACUUGGGCUGCUGAGUGAACAUGUGUUGGUUUUGGCAGCUCUACAUUUUGAAGUAUAUUAAUAUUUGUGUCAGAUGGAGUUAUUUCUUUUUUGGAAAGUAUUUUUGGUGUGCUCACUAAGUGAUGAUAAUGGCUCCAUAUCAGUAAAGGCACAGUUUAAAAACAUUCAUAUGUAUGUAUCUAAUUUUAAAAAAUGUACACACUUACACUUAGCCUGCACACAGAAACAGGCACAACAUACACACCCUUAUUAAGACACUACGUUGUAUUUCUACCUCCUGUCUUGCAAAAAAAACGUUAUUUAUUUGAAUAAAUGUAUAUAUGUAUGGCAGGCUUAACAGGAUAGAGCCUUGAAACAUGAAUAAUAAAUGUAUCUUAAUAUGACACCUAUUCCAAGUUAUGUAUUUCAAAAUAUGAAAUAAAUUAUAGACAUUAAAUUAAAAAAGAA